AUGAAGGUCAAAGAUGUCUUGCUCGGCAUCAAGCCAAGAAUGGUGCUUACAAGCAGAGGUUAUCCGACAGUCGAGGUCGACCUGGUCACAUCCAACGGCGUAUACAGGUCCUCUUGCCCAUCAGGCGCAUCUAGAGGCUCAAAGGAGGCUGUGGUGAUCACCGAUGGAGGGAGUCUUUACAAUGGAAGAGGCGUCAGGACUGUCAUAAACAACAUAAACAGCAUAUCAGGAGACCUUCUCGAAUUAGAGUGCAGUGUAGAUGACCAAUCGAGCAUAGACAAUUGCCUACUGCAGCUGGAUGGAACAAGCAACAAGUCAAAGAUAGGAGGGAAUGGGAUAAUCGCGCUUUCUACAGCUUUCUGCAAGAUGGGUGCCGGAUGCUCAAACAGACGGGUGGACACGCUUGUUUCGGGCAUGGGAAACUUCAAAAGAAACAUCCCCAUUCCCCACUUCAAUGUUCUAAAUGGAGGUGUCCACUCUGGAAACGGGAUGUCUGUACAAGAAAUCAUGGUUGUAUAUCAGCACGACAGCCUGGAGAAAAACAUCGAAUCCGGCUGUGUGCUGUAUGAAGCCCUUAGGAAGACAAUAUCUGAGAAGUAUGGCUCGCUGUACACGUCUGUGGGAGAUGAAGGGGGAUUUGCACCUCCCAUAAAGAAACUGGAAGACGGGCUGGACCUGGUAUUGGAGGCAUCCAAAAGAUGCCACAGAACAGACAUGAAGAUUGCCAUCGACUUUGCAGCCAACGAAUUUGCAAGAGACGAUGGAAGAUAUGAGCUUGACGGUGGAGUUUACACUACAAGAAACCUCGGAGAAAAGUACAUAGAAAUGCUUAGGAAAUAUCCCCAGGUAUACAGCAUUGAAGACCCAUUUUCCGAAAGAGACUGCGACGGAUGGUGCUGGAUAAAUGCAGAGGUUGGAGACAAAGUCAAUAUUGUUGGCGACGAUUUAACUGCUACCAAUCCACAUCUUGUUGAAGAUGCAGGUGCAAGGAGAAUGUGCAACACGCUUCUGGUAAAGCCUAACCAGAUAGGCACAGUUAGCGAAACGAUAGAAGCAAUAAAGAUUGCCCGAAAGUACGGAAUGAAGAUUAUGGUUUCCCACAGGAGCGGGGAGACAGAAGACAAUUUCAUAAGCGACCUGUCCGUAGGAGUUGGAGCUGAAUACAUGAAGUCGGGUGCGCCCUGCCGUGGAGAAAGAGUCAGCAAGUACAACCAGCUACUGCGGCUGAGUGAGUAUUAG